UGGGGACAUGUGAGUUGUAUUGACGCCCUUUAUUCAGGCCAAUCACGCUGUGAUGUGAGUCACCAGGGGCUGGAUCUUUAGCUUCAGCAGCUUGUCUUUAUUAUCCCCCCUCUCUGCUGCUGCUACUGCUGCUGCUACCCAUCCUCUCCCCCGGUGUUGACCAUGGCUGAAUCCGCUAAGAGCGACUCCUCCGCGGAUCGUGUCGGAUACAUCACCCGCGUCCAGAGCUUCAGCGCCUGUCACCGGCUCCACAGUGCUUUGCUGAGUGAUGAAGAAAAUAAAGAAGUCUUCGGGAAAUGUAACAAUCCUCACGGUCACGGACACAACUACAAAGAGGUGAUGGUGCGUAGAAAAAUUGACCGUGUCACUGGGAUGGUCAUGAACCUGACGGACCUGAAGAGACACAUUGAGGACGUCAUCAUGACUCCACUGGAUCAUAAAAACCUGGAUAAGGACGUCCCGUACUUUGCCACUGUCGUCAGCACCACCGAGAACUUGGCUGUUUACAUCUGGGACAACAUGGUGAAGGUCCUGCCGCCAGACGCCCUCUAUGAAAUAAAGAUUCACGAGACGGACAAGAACAUCGUCACUUAUCGAGGAGAGUAGACGACGAAUGUUUUCCUUUAAGCGGGUUUUGAAGUGUGGUUUCAGUGUCAGUACUGACACAAGGAAAGAACAAGCUGCUUUUCCAAAGACACCUUAUCUCACUGUUAAACAGCCUUUUGUAAUUGGAAAUUGAAGUUUGUAAACCAAACCCCAUAUAGAAAACCGCUGGUCUUCUGUGGCCUUGUUUUGUAAAUCUGUGUCACUUGGGUCAAGGAUUUUACACACCAAAGUCACAAAAUAACAUAUUUACAUCUAAUGAUGUCUUUAAACACAUUUAAUGACAUACAGAUUAUAGUUUUAUUAUAUGUUAAUCCAUCAGAUUAUUUGUGUUUUUGUAAAUAAGUUUUGUUUAUGAUCAUGAAGCAGCAUUUCAGAAAUGGACAAUCACUUAUUUUGUUGUUUUACCAGUGGAGUAUUUUAUCGCAGUGUUCACUGAAAAAGUGUAAAAUGGUUGACAAAACGGCAAAAAUACUUAAUUUAAAUUAAUAAAACUUUUAAAAUUUGAAACUUUCUUAACAUAGCUUGUUAAAUUAAGCUUGAAUGGAAUAAAAUAAUCUGAAUAUUGAGUAUUUUUCUUUGAAACAAUUGUCAACCUUUUUUAAUUUUCCCAGUGAAAUUACACUGACUGUGGCUAAACACUGACACCUAGUGGUAGAAAAGUGCGCACCACAGUUUGUUGUAUUAAACUUUGAAGGACUGUUGAUUUUGAAUGGAAACAUUAAUUUUCGUAUAAAAUAAAAUGUACAAUUAUAAAUCAUUGA